CUCCAAAAAUGAUACCAACAUAUUCAUCACAAUAUCACAGUACGGUACACAAAAUGAGUCCCGUAAAUUGGCCUUGUAAAUUGUAAUUGUUGUACCUUACUUUGAACCCAUUAAUAACACUCAAAUUAUGAAGCAUUGCUUCCAUUUGUAUAUGACACAUUUCCCAUGCAUUACUAAGUAACUUAAUUCAGUCUGAAUACUAUAACUAGUAACUAUUUGCAGCAACAAUGGCAAAGAGUAAAGCACAGAGGAUGAAAGAAUAUAGGGAGAGAAAGAAACAAGAAAUGGGAGAGGACUGGCUAAAGAAAGAACGCGAACGUGUUAAAAAGUAUUAUAUACCCCUAGAACUACUACCAGCAAAAGAUAGAAAAAGAAAACAAGCUAUAAACAGGAACAAUUGGCAAAACUUUAGAAACAAACGUCAAAAACCGAAUGACAGCUCUACUCCACAGCCUUCUUCAAGUAGCGAGAAUGAAGUUACUUCAACAACUGGUUAUUUACAGUUGCCAUCAUUGAUGGACAGUAUAGAUAAAUCAAGAAAGAGUAGUGGCAGGAAAAGGGUCAAUCGUGCACUAUCUAGGGCUCACGGAAAAAUUAAACGCCUUCAGAAGACAUCAGCAAAGAAUAGAAAAAUUAUUUCUAGGUUAAGAAAAAAAGUAAAUGACUUAAAACCCGCUAAUACCCCAAGAAGCAAAACAGAUAAACUUCUCAAAAAAUCUGGAUUUUCACCAAGCAAAGUGCCUAGAACAAUUAGAAAAAAACUUAUUUUCUCAGAGUGCGUCAGUGAUGAGCUUAAACAAUCAAACCAAAAAAAACCUAUUUCUGGAAGGAUCCUGAAAAAAUACAAGUUGGCAAAUCAGCUUAGGAACUCUGGGUAUACAUGGCGAAAAUUGAGAGAGAAAAAGGCAAGAAAGAUUGGCAAUCAGAAAAAGUAUGAUGAGAUAAGAAGUGAUGUGAUUGAAUUUUUUGAAAGAGACGAUAACUCCAGAAUGAUGCCAGGAAAACAAGACUUCUCCAAAUC